AUGAAUGAGCCCGUAAGCCCUCAUCUAGCUGCUCAAAAGGCUCGUCAGGUGAUCUCGGAUGAAAAUCUCUUGGGCAGAAUGAGAGACUAUUUUCAGAAAUGUGCGAAGAGGAACAAUAAAUUGACCGGACUCGGAGCCGUCUAUGUCGAAACAGCCGGAGGAACCCUAAGUCCUGCACCGUCCGGAACAACACAAGCCGACGCGUAUCGACCUCUGCGCCUUCCCGUCGUGUUGGUAGCGGACAGCAAGCUCGGUGGAAUCUCGACGACACUCUCCGCGUACGAGACACUCCAUACGCGCGGAUACAACAUAGAUGUCGUCCUCAUGUUCAAAGACGACUAUUACCAGAACCAUACCUACCUAGAGCGCUGGUUCAAGGAAAAGAACAUUCCGUUGACUGCGUUUGACCCACCCCCUCUACGUCCUCCUCGUAACCUAGACGAAAAGGACGAGAUGAACAUGAAGCACUACUAUGCCCAGACUGCGUCCACCUCUGAUGCCAGGCGCGUAGUUGCUACUCUGGAUAUGCGCCACACAGACCGAGUUCAAACCCUCGAAACCCUUCCUGAUCGUGCCGCUUCAACAUUCUGGUACCCCUUUUCACAACAUAAGAAUAUCAGGUCGGCUCAAGAUCUUACUGUCAUCGAUAGCGCCCACAAAGAUGUCUUUACAACGGCAAAAUCUCAACCCAACAACCCAUCUCUGCUCUCCCCCACAUUUGAUGGCUCUGCCUCAUGGUGGACGCAAGGGAUCGGGCACGGUAACCAACAGCUUGCUGCAGUCGCGGCUAAUGCUGCUGGACGGUAUGGGCAUGUCAUCUUCCCUUUAGCCGUUCAUGAACCAGCGAUCGAGCUUGCGGAACGCAUGCUGCGGACCCAAGGAAAAGCAUGGGCGUCUCGAGUCUUUUUCUCAGACAAUGGCUCCACAGGAAUGGAGGUGGCGCUCAAGAUGGCUCUGAGGAAGACGGCCAUGCUCUAUCCAUCCGGGGAGAAACCCGACUUGGAGGUGUUGGGACUGGCUGGCUCCUACCAUGGCGAUACGAUCGGAGCUAUGGAUGCGUGCGAAGGUGGCGUCUAUAAUUCUGCUGUUGAGUGGUACAAGGGCCGUGGCGCAUGGCUUGAGACUCCAACCAUUGGGUUUGAGGACGGUCAUCUCCAGCUGCGUUUGCCUUGGUCGGACAGACAGCCGCGGUUUUCCGACGUCGAGAAUGCUUACAAUCUCUCCAAACGUCGAGAGGGGACGUUGGUUGAGCGCUAUCGAAAGCAUAUCACCUCGCGAAUUCAAGAACUGGUCAGCACAGGUAGACGGUUCGGAGCGUUGGUACUCGAGCCCCUAGUCCUUGGAGCAGGAGGAAUGAAGUUUGUUGAUCCGCUUUUCCAAGCAAUACUUGUAGAAGUGGUCCGCUCGUCUAGCCAUCUUCUCCUGCCGCCGACAGCCAAGGAUGCGACCCUGCCGGUGAUAUUCGACGAGGUAUUCUCAGGGCUUGGACGCCUUGGCUUCGCCACGUCUACAUCUGUCCUUGGUGUGAAGCCAGACAUUGCAGUCUAUGCCAAACUCUUGACAGGCGGCUUGGUGCCACUGGCAGUCACCCUCGCGUCGCAGAGCAUAUUCGACGUCUUUAUUGGCGAUGACAAAGCCAGUGCAUUGCUUCAUGGGCAUUCAUAUACGGCAUAUCCUGUUGGAUGUGCCGUCGCCAAUGCUUCCUUGUCCAUGCUCGAGGACCUAUUGCGGUCGGACACCUUUGAAGAGGCGAGAAGGGAGUGGUCCCCAUCCCUAAGGUCUAUGCCGGACUCCGAACGCGUAGACGUAGCUGCCCCAUCCAGCCUCUGGUCCCGCUCCUUCGUCAAGUCACUGUCCACUCUGCCCUCUAUUAACUGGGCCAUGUCAUUGGGUACAGUCCUCGCAUUCGAAGUCAAGGAUACGGACCGCGGCGCACUGUCCGGAUAUGGUUCUUCGGCCGCGGAGCGUGCGUUGGCACCGCUCAAGGAUUUUGGCUAUGCCUGA